AUGGUUACAUACAAAUCCUACAAUGAGAGAUCAGAGUCAAGUACCUCUCCAGUUACGAGACGGUUAUUCCAAUUGAUGGAACUGAAACAAUCCAAUUUGUGUGCAUCGGUGGAUGUCAGGACUACUGAAGAGCUUUUGUCAUUAGUUGACAAGCUUGGUCCGUUCAUAUGCUUAGUCAAGACCCACAUAGACAUUAUAGACGACUUUUCUUAUGAGGGUACAAUUGUCCCUCUACUUGAACUAUCAAAGAAGCACAACUUUGUGAUAUUUGAAGACAGGAAAUUUGCUGAUAUCGGAAACACUGUAAAAAGUCAGUACACUGGUGGAGUGUACAAGAUUGCCCAAUGGGCUGAUUUAACAAACGCACAUGGUGUCACUGGAGAAGGGAUAGUAAAAGGUUUGAAGGAAGGUGCUAACGAAACUACAGAUGAACCAAGAGGGUUAUUGAUGUUGGCUGAGCUCUCGUCUAAAGGCUCUUUGGCAUACGGGGAAUAUUCAAAGAAAACGGUGGAGAUUGCCAAAACUGACAAAGACUUUGUGAUGGGUUUUAUUGCUCAAAACUAUAUGGGAGGUACCGAUGAGGGCUUUGAUUGGGUAAUUAUGACUCCAGGUGUUGGUUUAGACGAUAAGGGCGACAGUUUGGGUCAGCAGUACCGAUCAGUUGAUGAGGUUGUAUCCAAUGGUACAGAUGUGAUUAUCGUUGGACGUGGGUUGUUUGGAAAGGGAAGAGACCCAUUGGUUGAAGGGAAAAGAUACCAAGAGGCUGGCUGGAAUGCAUACUUGAAGAGAGUUGGCAAGAACUAA